AUGGAGGCCAAGGCGACGCACUUCCUAACCCAGUUCUCGCGUGUUGUAUUUCAACAGUGGACUCAGACACCCGAGCACGAAAAGUUUUGGGAAGAUAGUACUGUUCUUCAUGCGAUAUUAGAAGAAGCAGUGGCUAAGCUUCCAAGCAGGAAGCUCAAGGCGCAUUUAUCGCGUAAUUUGACGCCGCUAGGAACGCAGCUCGCAAAGCUGCUACGCGACUUACACGCCUCUUUCAUACAAGAGCAGCAUAGUGAUGAGAUCUCAUCAUCUCGCAUACCACUAAACGAAAUAGACACGGAAUUGGAGCUGACGCAAUCAGCCAUCGCUCCUUCUAUUGAUAAGCAGCGCAAACUUGCUGGCGUGCUGGCGCUGGAUGCGGGUAUAGAUAUCGCCCGUCAUCCAACUGACACUCAAAAUUGUACUAUUGAGGAGCUUGCACAACUUUUUGCAAUUAUUGCUGCACGAAGAUACGAGUCACUAGAAGAGCAGGAGCACAAGCGAGGGCUUGUACUAAGAAUCCUGGCAGCUCGUGUGCAAGAACAGUUUGAAACGCUUUCAAAAAAAUGGUGUCGCAGCAAGGAUGCAGAUUUUGAACCGGUGAAACAACUUCGCACUCUACUAGAGCGUAUCGUCGUGCAGGACGUUGUGGCCAUAGCUCAGGAUUGCACUGUGCAGCAAGGCGCGAGUAUUCCUUCUGACGGUUUAAAGGCUCCGUGGACAAUGUUUUACCGUCCUAAAGAGAUUAAUGAACUGAAACAGGUUGUUUAUCAUGAAGAAGUAGCUAAAAUUUAUGGCGCGCUUCUCGCGCUAGCGAUCUACUACCCUAUUAGCAACGAAAGUGAUGAAGAAACGUCGAAUGAAUCUUCCGAAGAGGAUAAACAAGAGAUUUCGAAGCAAAGUUUGCAGAGUGUUGUUUCACAGGCACAGGUGACGACUCGGCAAGUGCUGUUUACCGCUCAAAUGCGUGAGCGCAAAUUAUCUCAGAACGGACAAUGGCUCGUUUGGGUUUUAAGCUUUUUGCAUACUUUGGCAAAGCCAUCGACCUGUCACGAUAAAGAUGGAGAUGAAACUCUUGACGAAGAAGAUCGACAUGCUCUGCUUGAUUGUCUUGGUCAAGUUUACUCACGCGCAUUCGCCAAUGUUACAUUGUUUCAUCAAGCGAAGGACGAAAAAAAUAUUGCCGAGCAGGAUCGUGCUUUAUUUUACGCUGUUGUGUGUCUGCGCCACGCGUCGCAUUUCAUGCGUGUUGAAUCCAAGUCAAGUUAUUCAGCUAUCACAACAUCUAUGGCUCAUCUUGCUGGCGUUCCGUUGCCUGCAAGUUUUGAACUUUGGCUUGAUCAUGAACAGGUUUCGAAGCCAAUGUCUUCGCUUGAGAAAGCUACACAAAGGCUUUGGAAGAUUUGUGCUGGUCAGAAGAAAAUGAUAAAUAUUCUCUUGAACUCGAUUGAAGUGACGACAGAAGAGCUUCUACUUAUUCAAGAGAGCUACGCUAAAUUUCUAGAUGAAAUAGCUAGAGACAAUCUGAACAAACCGAAAUCUCGAGCAAAGUCGUCGUUGCCCGCUAAUGCAGUAACGGAAGUAAUUACUGAUGCUAAUAGUCUAUUUUAUGUAGAUAACGCUGGGGGAGAAGAUGAAAAGAAAACUAAGAAGUCGAAGAAGAAACGUGCGAACAAGAAGAAGAAGAAGCAAAUAGGCGAGAGUACGGAUUUUGUAUCCAUGAAGCGCAACCGAACCUUGAGCAAGUAG